AUGCCCUUUCAAGCCAGGAAUCCGCGAUUGUUUUCUUUUCUGCAUGCUACAGUGCUGCCCACAGCUUUUUCGUACACGUCUAGCAUGGCCCACGCGACGAGGCCAUUCGCCCGAUAUUCCAGUAGUUCGACCGCAACUCGCAUGCCUCGUCUAUCCCCUCGAGUGCGAAGGGGAGGUAGCUUGCUCACGACUGGGGCACUGAUAACUCUGGGGUUGGGUACUAUCUACGCCGACUCUAACACUCCAGUCGACGGGACGAACACGCCCCCUACCACGACGCAGACCGUGGGCUCACUUAUACGUUCAUAUGUCGUGUACACCAUGUGUUCGGUCCCUGCACUGGUCGACUUCUCCCCCCAACUUCUCGCCUUCUUGACCGGAAUCCCUGGACUGAAGCAGAUAACGGAAUCGGUCGUUCGAGUCACAUUUUUUGAUCAGUUUGUUGGCGGCGAUACCGCCCACGCUACGUUACCAUUGCUGAAGCAGCUUCGGGCUACGAAUAAAGGUGCGCUCUUUGCGUAUUCUGUUGAAGUCGAUGAAGAGGAGGCUGUUGGGUCGAAGAAAUCGAAGAAAGACGCAGAACCGCCUCACAAACGAAUUGUUGACGAGAUGAUAAGAUGUAUAGACGUUGCAGCGGACUUCGAAGACUCUGUACGCGCUGAAGGAAAGGAGAUAGUCAGGGGUCGAAAGACAUGGGUAGCGGUCAAAAUGACAGCCUUACUUCCGGAUGCUCAGUCGCUUAUUAACUUUUCGUCGUACAUCAUCGCCAAUCGUUCAGCUCCACCCAUCCCAGUGGCUUUUCCUGGAUACCCCGAGCUAUCUGACCUCGAUGUCCUUUACAAGACUACGCCAGAUGGUGCGAAGGUCGCUGCCAUAGAUUCUCUUCCAGCAAACUCGGUGGGUCAGACCCUAACGGACGAAGAUAUCGAGUCCCUCCGAGACCUUCAUUCAGAUCUCAUUCGAAUUUGUCAACGCGCCCAGGAGAGAGGCGUUAGAGUCAUCAUAGAUGCGGAAUACAGCUGGUAUCAACCCGCUAUAGACGCUCUAGCAUUAUCGCUUACCCGACAGUUCAACAAGCUUCCUGAUAGCAAGUCUAGCUCUUCUACAUCAUCGGUUUUGCCUCUGGUAUAUGGUACCUACCAAGCCUACCUACGAAGGACCCCCGAGCACCUCAAGCUAUCAUUGCUUGAUUCUAAGAAGCACAAUUAUUCUUUGGGAGUCAAGCUAGUUCGAGGAGCCUACCACCCACAUGAACUAGCAGCCCAUCAAUCGAGACAGAAGCGCCCCGGCGAUGGCGGAUCGAUAUCAAAGCUGGGGGCGCAUCAUGAUCAAUCCCUUUCCAUAUCGCCAGAUCCGUAUCCGCCUGUAUGGGAGACGAAAGCAGAUACAGAUACAUGCUAUAACGAAUGUGCCAAGGCCUUGAUUCAAGCCAUCGAGGAGGAUCUCUAUUCACCGCCACCAUCCCCAUCGCCGGCUCCCCUAUCCUCUUCCUCAUCUUCAUGGCUUACUCCCUCGUCCUGGAUUACCAAGCUGAAGGGUCAAAGAACCCCUUCUGCUGUUGUCACUUCUUCAGUUUCUCCUAGACUAGACAUAGAGCCAAAGAUACCCAGCAUAGGUGUUCUUUUCGGGACACAUAAUUGGAAGAGCUGUGACCUCAUCCUCAACGAACUUGUUCGGCAUGGUUUGGCUUCACAGGAGCUCCUCCUGAGAGGUGGAAAGGAACCCAUUAUACACCUCGACGAAGAAGUAACUGAGCGAGUCACUGUGGGGCAACUUUACGGUAUGAGUAACGCUUUGACAGAUUAUCUAGUUGGCCGAACUCGUUCGGGUUCGCCCCUGGUUAUAAAGUACGUGCCAUAUGGUGCGCUUUCAGAAGUCAUGCCAUAUCUCAGUAGGCGAGCUAUUGAGAACAAGUCCGUUCUCGGAGAUGGAGGCGCGGCAGACGAACGCAGGCGCGCUGGAAGUGAGUUGUGGCGGCGCUUAUUUGGAUGA